AUGCGACCUACAAUCAACACGGAUCACCUCGUUGAGGGAAAUCCAUUCGAAAGAGUAGACCCGGAUCGAGUCCAGGGCAUGCUUAAUGGAUAUGAGGUCUAUCCUCUUCACUUCCUCGACAACCAUCCGGGCUUCAAGGAAACGUACACAUACACCUUGCAGUUCAAUGACGUUCUUGACGCUCAGUUGCUCCACGUAGCGCUCCGUCGUCUUCUUGAGCACGGAGAUUGGCGCAAAUUCGGUGGCAGACUUCGAACCAACAAGGUUAGAGGCCGACGUACACUUGAGGUCCACGUUCCAACCACCAUUACUCCUGACUACCAAACUGUCGCCUACUCGCAUCAGGUGAUCCGAUCUAAGCUUAGAGAGCAUCCCCUCGGAUCUUUGCUUCCUCAGCCUACUGGCGAGCGCGGCUCCAUCCAGGAAGGUGCGGACCACUUCCGGGACUUCUCAGCAGGCCCCAAUGUCCCAAAGGACUUUUCCGCCUACCUCAGCGGCGAUGUCCCGAUCAUAGCACUUCAUGUUAUUUGCUUCGCAGAUGCCACUCUUGUGUCCCUCGCCUGGCCUCAUGUCUUGAUGGAUGGCACUGGGCUCCAGAUACUUCUCAACUGCUGGUCUCAUAUGCUAGCCGGCCGCGAGAACGCCGUGCCCCCCGUCCUCGGAGCUCGACACGACUUCAUCUCACGAGCCAGCGAAUCUGCAUUGGCCCGUGAUGAGAUGAAUGAUGAGAACUGCCUACUCAGAGGAUGCACUACCUUGCGUCUCGCCUUCAAUGUGAUCUGGGACCAAUUGUCGGUUUUUUUUAGUACACAGAAACCAGUCAACCGCACAGUGUAUCUUCCAAAACGUGCUGUUCAGAAGCUUCGAAACCAAGCUCUCUUUGAAAUCCAACGGGCCAAUCCAGGCCACCCAGAUAAGCUCUGGGUCAGCGAAAGCGACGUGAUCCUCGCCUUGUUCGUUCACACAACCGCUCUCUGCGAACCAACCCCUCGCCCCGUCACUGUGUUUGGCGCCUUUGAUCUCCGAUCCCGGCUGCCAGACUACAUCGAUAAGUCUGGCGUCUACAUCCAGAACAUGGCGUGGGUUCUCGCGACCCCCUUGGACGCCGACACUGCCCUAGGCUCAAUGGGAGAGGUUGCUCUGGCGCAUCGAAGAUCUCUACAAGAGCAGACAACCCAGGGGAGAGUCCUGGCACUGCUUCGUAAGCUCAAGCAGCAGUCGGACUCGGGCGAUGGAAUGACGGUGUUUAGUGGACCACCCAAUGCCAUCCUCUACCCUGCCGGCAACCUAACCAAGCUCAACUUCUGCCGCGCGGCGAACUUUUUACCUGCCGUCUUCCGAACAGGAGACGACAGCCCAACACGCCGCAACCCUCCCGGAACAUGUGUCUAUCACCAUAAGGGGUUUUGGAACGAGGAUCGGGUUUCGAAGAAGGGUAUGUUCAUUCUUGGGCAGGAUUGGAAUGACAACUACUGGAUUACGGGCUGGGGCAUGCCUGAUAUCUGGCGUCGCAUCCAGGAGACUCUGGAUGAGUUGGGCCCUUUCCGCCGUUAA